AGGCUGCCGGGGGGCGGGGCCGCGGGCUGCUCGCGCGCGCUGCCGAUCCUCCGCGCGCCGUCGCGCCGGCCGGGCGUCCCUGAGCAGCCUCCGCCGCUGAUGGGGGAGGUGGAGCCUGGGCCCGCUGGCCCGCUCGAGCCCCCGGAGCCGCCCGAAGCGCCCGCGAGCCGCCGGGCGGCUGGAAUCCGGGUCCUGAAGAAGAAUAUGAAACGCAACGGGAGCAGAAAUUGUUUGAAUAGGAGAAGUCGGUUUGGUUCCCGAGAAAGAGACUGGCUGAGAGAAGAUGUGAAGAGAGGCUGUGUCUACCUUUAUGGAGCAGACACGACCACUGCCACUGCCACUGCUACCACCACCUCUCUCGCCUCCGACCUGCACCUCGUCCUUUGCACAGUAGAGACGUCAGCAUCAGAAAUAUGUGCUGGAGAGGGAAGGGAGAGUCUUUAUUUACAGCUUCAUGGAGACCUGGUCAGGAGACUGGAACCUACUGAGCGACCCCUUCAGAUUGUUUAUGAUUACUUAUCCAGGCUGGGAUUUGAUGAUCCUGUGCGCAUACAGGAGGAGGCAACGAAUCCUGACCUUGGCUGUAUGCUUCGAUUUUAUGGUGAAAAACCAUGCCAGGUGGACCACCUGGACCGAAUCCUUCUAUCUGGAAUCUAUAAUGUGCGCAAGGGAAAGACCCAGCUGCACAAGUGGGCUGAGCGCCUAGUUGUCCUCUGCGGCACCUGCCUCAUCAUUCCCUCAGUGAAGGAUUGUCAGACUGGAAAGGUGCACAUUUUGCCUCUGGUUGGAGGAAAGGUAGAAGAAGUGAAGCGACGGCAGUACUCCCUUGCAUUCAGCUCUGCUGGAGCCCAAGCCCAGACCUAUCAUGUCAGCUUUGAGACUUUGGCUGAGUACCAGAGAUGGCAGCGGCAAGCAUCCAAGGUGGUGUCCCAGCGAAUCAGUACCGUUGACCUGUCCUGUUACAGCCUUGAGGAAGUUCCUGAGCAUCUCUUCUACAGUCAAGAUAUCACCUACCUCAACUUGCGACACAACUUCAUGCAAUUAGAAAGACCAGGGGGCCUUGACACUCUCUACAAAUUUUCUCAUCUGAAGGGCCUGAACUUGUCUCAUAAUAAACUUGGGUUGUUUCCAGUACUGUUAUGUGAGAUUUCUACCCUGAUGGAGCUCAACCUUUCCUGUAAUGGAUUUCACGACCUGCCAAGUCAGAUUGGCAAUCUACUGAAUCUUCAAACCCUCUGUCUUGAUGGCAACUUUCUGUCUACUUUACCUGAAGAACUGGGAAAUCUACAGCAGCUUUCCUCCCUGGGAAUUUCAUUCAACAACUUCAGUCAAAUUCCUGAGAUUUAUGAGAAGCUCACUCUGUUAGAUAAAAUAGUUAUGGCUGGAAAUCAACUGGAAGUCCUAAACCUAGAAGCGCUGAACAGGAUGAGCCAUAUCAAACAUGUAGAUGUAAGGAUGAACCAUUUAAAAACCAUGGUUACUGAAAAUCUGGAGGGAAAUAAAUACAUCACCCACAUGGAUCUGAGGGACAAUCAGCUGACUGACUUAGAUCUUAGCUCCUUAUGUGGCUUGGAGCAGCUUCAUUGUGAGCGGAACCAGCUGAGGGAGCUGACACUUAGUGGCUUCUGCCUUCGAACUCUCUAUGCCAGUUCGAACAGGCUGACAGCAGUGAGUGUCUAUCCAGUACCCAGUCUGCUCACUUCUCUAGAACUCUCCCGAAACCUGCUAGAGUGUGUCCCUGACUGGGCUUGUGAAGCAAAGAAGCUAGAAAUAUUAGAUGUGAGCUAUAAUCUUCUGACAGAGGUUCCUGUGAGAAUCCUUAGCAGCUUGAGCCUCAGAAAACUGAUGGUGGGACACAAUCGUGUGCAAGCCCUGCCUGUGCUGGUGGAGCACAUCCCUCUUGAGGUGUUGGAUGUUCAGCAUAACUUGCUUUCCAGGCUACCAGAUACCCUCUUCUCCAAGGCCUUAAAUCUCAGGUACUUGAACGCAUCUGCAAAUAGCCUGGAGUCUUUGCCAUCUGCUUGCGCUGGGGAGGAGAGCCUGAGUGUGCUGCAGCUGCUCUAUCUGACCAACAACCUCCUGACAGAUCAGUGUGUGCCCGUCCUGGUGGGGCACCCGCGCCUGCGAAUCUUGCAUCUUGCAAACAACCAGCUACAGACCUUUCCUGCAAGCAAACUAAAUAAAUUGGAGCAACUGGAGGAAUUGAACCUAAGUGGCAACAAGCUUAAAACCAUUCCCACAACCAUAGCAAAUUGCAAAAGGCUGCACACGCUGGCCGCCCAUUCCAACAACAUCAGCAUCUUCCCAGAAAUACUGCAGCUGCCCCAGAUCCAGUUUGUAGACCUGAGUUGCAAUGACUUGACCGAAAUCUUGAUUCCAGAGGCUCUGCCUGCUACUUUACAAGAUCUUGACCUAACUGGAAAUACAAAUCUGGUUCUGGAACACAAGACGCUAGACACAUUUAGCCAUAUCACAACCCUGAAAAUUGAUCAGAAACCUUUGCCAACCACCGAUUCUACAGGUACAUCAACUUUCUGGAGCCAUGGACUGGCUGAAAUGGCAGGGCAGAGAAAUAAGCUCUGUGUAUCAGCCCUAGCGGUGGAUAACUUUGCAGAAGGGGUGGGAGCUGUGUAUGGCGUGUUCGAUGGUGACCGCAACGAGGAGCUCCCUCGCCUGCUGCAGUGCACCAUGGCAGAUGUCCUUCUGGAAGAGCUGCAGCAGUCAAGCCAUGACGUGGUUUUCAUGACAAACACCUUCUUGGUGUCUCACAGGAAAUUAGGAAUGGCUGGCCAGAAGCUGGGCUCCUCUGCUCUCCUCUGUUACAUCCGCCCUGACACUGCUGAUCCAACAGGUAGUUUUAGCUUGACUGUGGCUAAUGUUGGCACAUGCCAAGCAGUGCUGUGCCGAAGUGGGAAACCAGUGCCCCUUUCUAAAGUCUUCAGCCUGGAACAGGAGCUGGAGGAGGCUCAAAGGGUGAAGGGCCAGAAAGCCAUUGUAACAGAGGACAACAAAGUGAAUGGGGUGACCUGCUGUACCCGGAUGCUGGGCUGUACAUACCUGCACCCUUGGAUCCUCCCUAAGCCCCACGUUUCUUCCACUCCACUUACCAUUCAAGAUGAGUUGCUGAUACUGGGAAACAAAGCAUUGUGGGAACACUUGUCAUAUAUAGAAGCUGUCAAUGCAGUACGUCAUGUGCAAGACCCAUUAGCAGCUUCCAAGAAGUUGUGCACAUUAGCCCAGAGCUAUGGUUGUCAGGACAAUGUGGGGGCAAUGGUGGUUUAUUUGAACAUUGGUGAGGAAGGCUGCACUUGCGAAUUGAAUGGACUCACCCUCCCAGGUCCUGUGGGAUUCAGUUCAACCACCAUUGUCAAGGACACACCCAAGCCAACCACUCCAUCCUCCAGUAGUGGCAUUGCCUCAGAGUUUGGCAGUGAGAUGUCCACCUCUGAGGUGAGCAGUGAGGUGGGAUCCACUGCUUCUGAUGAACACAGCACCGCUGGCCUGGAUGCUGGCUUGCUUCCAAGGCCAGAGAGGCGCUGCAGCCUUCAUCCAACACCCUCCUCUGGGGUUUUUCAGCGCCAGCCUUCUUGUGCAACUUUCUCUAGUAACCAGUCUGACAAUGGCCUGGACAGUGAUGAUGACCAGCCCGUUGAGGGGGUCAUAACAAAUGGCAGCAAAGUGGAAGUAGAAGUAGACAUCCACUGCUGUAGGGGAAGGGGUCUGGAGAACUCUCCCACCCUCGUAGAGAACUCUCCUGCCCUGUGUCCUGAGGAACAUCCCAGAGGGUUAUUUUUAGGGAUCCGGCGACAGAACAGUGUGAACAGCGGCAUACUUCUGCCAGUGAGCAAGGACAAAAUGGAGUUACAGAAGUCUCCCUCCACUUCCUGUCUGUAUGGAAAGAAACUCUCCAAUGGCUCAAUUGUGCCCCUAGAAGAUAGCCUGAACCUCAUUGAAGUGGCCACAGAAGCACCCAAGAGGAAAACAGGCUAUUUUGCUGCCCCAACUCAGCUGGAGCCAGAGGAUCAGUUUGUUGUACCUCGUGACCUGGAAGAAGAAGUGAAGGAGCAAAUGAAACACCAGGAAGGCAGGCCUGAGCCUGAGCCCAACGAAGAGGGUCGGACCGAGCUCUCGGAGGAGUUUGAUACAGCACUGUAGGGGAAGGCUGUGCAGUGUUUGGGGUAGGGGACCCUUCCAGAGGCAUUUUGCCUCUACAUUUCUAAACCAUAGAUGAGGGGGUAGAACUCAGAGCCAAAAAUGGUGAGAGGUAUCAGGAUCUGGCUCAGGAUAAGUUAGUAAACACCAUCAGUGUUAAGUUUCACAUUUAACCUGCAUUGGAAUUCCCAGAGUCGCUGGGAAGAAAGCAGAUGUUGUUCUGUAUCAGUCCUACCACCUGCCAUUAACCCUUUCCCUCCUAGGAUAAUUUUGAGAAUUUGCCUGCCUGGGCAGGAAAGGGACUAUUAUUGUGGAGGAAAUAAUGGAAGAUUGAUUCUCUUUAUUAAUUGCUGCUGAUGGGUCUCUGUGACAGAGAAAUCACCUUAUAUCUCAACCUAACUGAUGGAUGUGAUGUGACUAGUCACAUGGCUUUUCAUUCUUCUCUACGAGAAUACAGCCUAUCGAAAUGAUGUUUAUUGGAAGUGUAGAACCAAUCAGAUAAUUUAUGUGUGUGUAAUGUAAUGAGAGCACUUUUCAUUGACUGUGAACUUCUUAUUUUUGAAUCUGCACUCGAGCCAAUCUUCUUAGAGGCAGCCUGGCACCUUCGUCCAUAGGCAGAAUGAUCAUUGGGUGUUGGAGCCUUCUAUGAGGUACUAGGAAGGGCCCUGGGGAAUCGAUUUACCUGUUGGAUGCCCAACUGUGAAAGCACCUGAGAAACUUGGGGGAGUAGGGUCUUUUUUGGAGGAUCAAGGUGGGGAAAGAGUGAGGACUAAGACUACUUCCCCCAAAAUUAGAAAAAGAGAAGAACCCCUUGACAGAUCUGACACCUGCUAGGAAUUUACCAGCAGAUCACAAGAGAGGCACUGGGCAAAUGGCCUCUUUCCGUGAGUGUAACGGAGUUGGCUGUCAGCCUCCUAAUGUGUAGGGCCAAGGCUGAUGCUGCUCACAUGCAAGGAACCUUGAGUUAUAGCAGAUGACUCUGAAUAGACUGAGGCUCAAUGAGAACAGAUGGAUGGAUGGAGCUAGCAGAUUAGACGUGUUCCUUCUCUUAAUCUAAAGCAGAGGGGUGGUUUUCUAAAACAUUGGAGUAGCUUGGGAGUUCAUUUAUUUAAUGUUUAACAGAGUACUCUUCUGAGAACUGCUUCUCCACCUCACAUAGUUUCAAAGUACUGGGCUCAAUUACUAAUAAAAGGAAGACAAUUGAGAAAAUCCUAAGCUCACAGAAAAACUGGUUUACUAUAUUUUUUGCACAUUCCAUUUAACUAGCAAAUGCAGUUCCUUCCGUAUUUCUGUCUUUUGCCUUUGCCAUUAGAAGAUUUGCUUAGGAAAGUUCAUCUCUACAAAAUUUUGACAUUGUUUGAUUUUACGUGAUGGGGAAUGUGUUUUGACUUUUUAGAAUACUUUCACAAUUAAAAAGAAAAUAGAGUGGAACCAUUUUUAAUUUGUUUCAUGAGAAACAAAAUGUUAAAAGAUAGGGUUGAUAUAUAUAUAUAUAUAUAUAUAUAUAUAUGACACAUACACACACACACAUACACAUAUAUCUUUGUGGGGUUUUUUGAAGUUUUUGUUAAAGCAGUAAUAGAAAACCAGAUGGCCUGUCCACAGAUGGUUAUGUAUCUUCAUCUUCUCAGAGGUCCCAUGCCCUUGUGCAUGUGUCAGUAGGGCAUUACAGUGGCUGUGUAUCAUUCAACCCCUCAAGGAUCUGAAUUUGAGUUCCCAAGUUACCAGGAAAACUUGACUUCCCUGUGUCAAACUACUGGUCAGCUACUGAAAAAUUUUAGAACUCAGGUCUUGAUUUUGAAGUGAGGAACAUAGUGGUCGUACAAAGUUCAGGUGCUGUUAGAAAGAUGGGAAUAAUAAUGUGUUGCUGCCUUAUUUUUAUAUGGGAAAAUGGGGGAAAAAAAGGGAAAUGAAGGAAAAAGUCAAGAUAAUAGUGAUGAAUGAGGUAAAACAUCUUCCUACCCAGACAGCAGAACCUUUGAUUACAGAAUAAUGGUGUUAUCUAAAAAAGAAACUUAUUUUGGGAAUAACUGCUUUAAUAGUAUAUAGUCUCUUAAAAACUGACCUUUAUCUGUGAACCGUUUUCUUUCAUCUCUUUGUCUCCCUUCUUAGGGGAAUCACCACAAACCCAGUUCUGAAAUGACUUUACCAAAAGUAGAUGUAUUUUUUUUUUCUUCUCAGAACUGUGAAAUCCCAAAUGUUCUUUUUAUGCGGUAGAUUAUUUCAAGAAACAUUGGGUUGUACUGAAAACCUUUUAAUAUAGGCUAAACCAAAAUUUAUUUUUCUUUUUUGUAACUCAUUCAUUUCCUUCUGUAAUUGCUCUGUAUUAAAAUAGAGGGUAAAAAGGCCAUAGUCCAUUACCAAAAAUAUACAGAACUCUUUUGACCUAUAAGGUCAUUAACAGUCCUGUGUGAUCUGAUGAGGUCAUCAGGUAGUGAAAUCGAGUAAUUUAUCUCUAGGUGAAUGUAAUCUGUUUCCCAGGACUUUACACAGAGGAUGUGUCCCUGGGUGGGCAGAGAACCAUGGAUCUCUAGCCCAGAGAUUCUGGCCUCUGCAUGAUUCUCAGGUCUCUGUGUGUACCUCCCGUUUAAAAAAGAAGUUUAAGAGAAUUUCUGAAAGACACAUCACUCCUACUCAAGGGAGCAGUUCAGGAGUCCCAUGGAAGGAAAAAAUAUUCGAGUCUUGGCAGCAUGAUACUCUUAUUUUUAUUCAAAUAAAUUGGAAAUAUAUUUGAAAAUUUGAAUGCUGGUGUGUUCUAGAGCUCCAGUGAGUCAUUGAACUACCCACUCCUCAUACAAGCGAGGGCUUUAUUACACUACUGUAGAGUGUAUAUGUGCAAUAAGUUGAUGAAUUCAUUUUCUUGGUGUAUGAAAAAGCCAAUAUGAGCAGCUUGGUAAUCAUUGGGUGCUAUUAUAAUUGUUUGUAGUGAGUGCUAUUUUCCGGGAGAUGGAGCCAGUUAGGUUUGGCUGAUGACUGAAUAGCAAUUGUUGCUCUUCUUUCCAUGUAGACCUUCAGCAAAAGCAGGUAUUUGGAAGUCAGAGACUCACCUUCUCUAUUUAUUCAAUAAUUAUUAAUGAAGAGAUCUCCAUAAGGGAGUACUUGGCUGUUAUCAGUAAAUGAACCAAUUAUUAAAUAGUCUCCAAGCCAUUCAGUGAUGUGUGCAGCAUCACUAUAGAACUGUCUGGUGUCACUUUUUUACUUCCCUCUGGGUGGGGCCUUUCAGACCUCCCUGGUCAUGGAAGCAAGUUAAUCUUUCUCUCCAGUUAGUGACUUUGCCCCAUAGUAGGGUAAGCACUUCCUAGAUGGAGAAAAGCAGCUACAGCAAAUCCUGCUCUGUUUCCUCCAUUUGGUGAUCAUUCAGUCACACAUAAGUCCUUGCAUUCUAAAUUUCACGCACUUCUCCCAGAUGUUAUAGGUUUUUCUCUCACUGUUGCCAAUGGAUGUCAUCUGGACAGUGAAUUCAUAUCUUACGGUUUUGUGCAAUCAUUGUCGUAUUGUAGUCCUAAGACUCAUGAUAGUGUAUUUUUGAUAUUUUUGAAAUAUGUUAAAUUUUUUAAUUCAAUAAUAUGAGCCAGAGCAUGUUGCAGCAAAUCUAUUGUUUGUAAAAAAUUAUAACAGUAAUAAUAAAUAAAAUAAAGUGGAAUAUCUUU